ACGCCUCCCUCCAUUGCUAUUCUCGAAGCCACACUACGUAACAACACACUCACUUAAGUUUCAGUAACUGGCUUGGUGACGUUUUGCGUUGCUUGUGUGUGGCAAACGCUCCUUCUCUCCACAGGCUCUUGGCGUUAUUUUCGCGAGACCGUUUUGUCCCCAAAGAAGACAAUGACUUCUCGUCAAGACGCACACCCAGCAAGUGCCAAGUGGUACGAUAGGAGGGACUCCGUUUUUAUAGAGUUUUGUGUAGUGGACAGCAAAAAUGUAAAAGUCACUUUUGAUAAAACAAAAUGUACUUUCAGUUGUGUUGGAGGAACUGACAAUGUCAAACAUGACAACGAAAUAGAACUCUUUGAUGCUAUUGAUCAAAGUGAAUCCAAACACAAACGCACAGAUAGAUCUGUGAUGUGCUACUUGCGGAAAGCGCAGCCAGGCAAGUCAUGGCCGAGGCUUACCAAAGAAAAAGUUCAGCCGCGGUGGGUCAGCCUUGACUUUAACAACUGGAAACAGUGGGAGGAUGACUCGGAGGAGGAGAUGGGCAACUUUGACCAAUUUUCAGAUAUGAUGAAUAACAUGGGCGGUGAUGAUUUCCAACCUGAUUUAGAUGGUGACGAUGAUGACUCUGCAGACAGUGAUGAUGAAAAAAUGCCAGAUUUGGAAACGAACUGAGGUGCUAUGGAAGGAAAAGAUCAGCUGACAAAGGAAGCAAGCAAAAUUGACACUUUUACACCCUUUUUUUUUUUUAAGGCAGUGAAACUAAAGAACUGUCGACAGCCAUAAUUUAAUGCAUAGCCUGUGCUCUACGCAACUGUGAAGGUGCAUGGUAAAUGUACAGAGCCGCUAUCUCCACUUCCAUUUGCUGUACUGCACGUCGGGUAUCUUGCUUUACUGUUAUGACCAACGAAGCACAUGGUAAUGGAAAAGUCCUCGAUUGAGCAAUAUACUGUAUGUUGAUCAAAUUGACUAACAGUUUGUGGUUUAUUAGUUCAACCUUUGUCAAAAUGUUGUGGUUUCAAGUUAGAUAAUAGUGUAGUUUCCUCUGUAGAAGAAAAAAAUGAAGAAAAAUACUCGUGGUCUCUCAAGCCUUCCAUGUGCAGUGAAUUAGAUAACCAGUCUUUUUUUUUUUUUUUUUUUUUCCUGUAACUUUGACUUUCUGCUUACAUGUUUCCCUUUACUACUUGUUUAUACGAAAUGAUGACAGAUAUGUUAAUAUGAAAUCAGGACAAACAUGUUUCAUCUGUCCAAUACUAUACUGGGGUAUUGUGAAUGAGGUUUUUCCAUAUGAAUAUCUUUACCUCUCUCCAACAUAACCAAGACGAACAGAGUCUGCUGAAUUAAGUUCAAACUACUUGCAGGAAGCGGCAUCACAGUGACUUCUUUGUCUUCUGGGUUCUGCACCCCCAAUCUACUAUAGAACCUUGCCGGCAAAGUGUGUGUUUGAAAGAUGCUAUGCUGUAUAAUGACCAAAUUCUAUUUGCACUGUCAACAAAAAAAAGUAUGACGAGACAUGUUGAAUUGCAGUGGACAGUUGUUUUUUUUUUUUUUUUUUUUUGUCUACAUAUUUCUAAUAAACAGAUAAAUCUGA